UCUCUCUCUCUCUCUCUCUCUCAGAUGUUAGGAUAUUGCUUUCUACUUUUUGUAGAAAUUGAAGGCUUGAAAAGGAAAUUGUCAAGCAAACUUGGUGCUAAUUCUCCUUCAUUGCAACCGAAUUGGCAGAUUGGCGAGUGUGUGGCUAUCUGGUGGAGGCCAAACUUUGAAACUAUAAUGUACCCCUAUUGCCCUCCACAUAUCACAAAGCCUAAGGAGUGUAAGAAGCUUUUCCUUGUUCACUUGUCUGAAAGAGAGUACUUCGCAGUACCCAAAAAUUUGAAACUGCUGGCCGUUCCCCUGUUUGAGCUCUAUGAUAAUGUUCAGGUGUGUUGACAUUUAAGCUUCAAUUUUUAUUCUUUUUCAA